AAAAUUAUUACAAAAAAAUAUACUCAAACUAAUAAACAUUAAACACCAUAAAUUUUGAUCCCAAAUAAAAAAAAUGGCAAUCAUCCUGGUCCUAUAACUCACCAUCACCACACCUCUUGUGUUGUCACAAUCACCAAUUUUCUCUCUCCUAAUCUCUUCAUUCAUACAUUCUAUCUAUGUCACUUGCACAAUCAUGUAACUUUAUAUGUAUUUUUUCUCAUGUUUUUGCCUCAAAAUAUUCACCCAUUUUUCUGGGUAAUUUUGGGUGAUAACUAAUUUAAAUUCUUCUGUUUUCUAAAAGUUAAACCCAGAAUCCAAAUAUUUGAAAUUAUGGCUGUGAAAAAAGUUGCAGAAAUUUUUUCAAAGAGUUUGAUUGAUGAAGUUCAUAAAUGGGGUUCAAUGAAACAAAAUGGAGUAACAUUAAGGUAUAUGAUGGAAUUUGGAUCAAAACCUACUGAACGAAAUUUGUUGAUUUCUGCUCAGUUUCUUCAUAAAGAGCUUCCCAUUCGAAUUGCGCGUAGAGCUAUUGAACUUGAGUCUCUUCCUUAUGGUUUAUCUCUUAAACCUGCUGUUUUGAAGGUGCACGAUUGGUAUUUGGACUCUUUUCGUGAUCUCAGAUCAUUCCCUUCAAUUAAAGAUAACCGUGAUGAAUUAGAUUUCACCCAAAUGAUUAAAAUGAUUAAAGUUAGACAUAAUAAUGUUGUCCCAAUGAUGGCCAUGGGGGUCCAACAACUGAAGAAAGGCAUGGAUCCCAAGAUUGUAUAUGAAGACUUGGUCGAAAUACACCAGUUCCUUGAUCGCUUCUACAUGUCCAGAAUAGGGAUUCGUAUGCUCAUAGGGCAGCAUGUGGCUUUGCACGAUCCAAAUCCUCAACCUGACCGUAUAGGGUAUAUACAUACAAAAAUGUCUCCCGUUGAGGUUGCCAGAAAUGCUAGUGAAGAUGCUCGUGCAAUUUGCAUGCGCCAUUAUGGCAGUGCACCUGAAAUUGAUAUCUAUGGCGAUCCCAACUUUACAUUUCCGUAUGUACCUUCACAUUUACACCUUAUGGUUUUCGAGUUGGUAAAAAAUUCCUUGCGUGCUGUUCAAGAGCGAUUUAUGGACUCAGACAGUGUGCCUCCUAUUCGUAUCAUAGUAGCUGAUGGAAUAGAGGAUGUCACGAUUAAGGUUUCUGAUGAAGGAGGUGGGAUUCCAAGAAGUGGUCUCCCUAAGAUUUUUACAUACCUUUACAGUACUGCUGAGAACCCGUUGGAUGAGCAUACAGAUCUUGGAACUGGUGAUAAUGUGACUAUGGCUGGAUAUGGAUACGGGCUUCCUAUAAGUCGAUUGUAUGCUCGUUAUUUUGGAGGAGACCUGCAAAUUAUUUCCAUGGAAGGAUAUGGUACAGAUGCCUAUCUACACUUGUCUCGAUUGGGUGGAUCUCAAGAACCUCUGCCGUAGCCUGUAGUAGCGCAGCUGAUGAGCUAUAUACAUUCAAUAUAUUUAGACUUCCAAUGGUUUACUUGAUUAGAUGGUGUUCAUGAGAAAAGAGCAUGUAUUGUUCAGAUUUAUAUGAUAAACUGGUAUUGUCAUCCUUGUAAUCUUAUUUUUAGCAAUGGAAAUCCUGCCUCUGGGUUUCUUUACUUCGCAAA